CAGUAUGGCAUGAUGGGUAUAAACUGGAAGAAAAAAGGAAGGACCGAGACUUCAGUAUCUCAAACAUUAUGCAACGUAUUGAAAUCCACAAACUGCGUCAUGGUGAUAACCUGAUCCUGGGAUUCAGUAUUGGAGGUGGAAUUGACCAGGACCCAGCACAGAACCCUUACUCAGAGGACAAAACAGACAAGGGUAUAUAUGUAACAAGAGUCUCAGAAGGAGGACCAGCGGAAAUAGCGGGUCUCCAGGUUGGAGACAAAAUAAUGCAGGUGAAUGGUUGGGAUAUGACGAUGGUAACACAUGACCAGGCCAGGAAACGUCUCACUAAGAAGAAUGAAGAUAUUGUUCGGCUUCUGGUAACUCGAAAAUCUCUGCAGCAGGCGAUCUGCCAGUCCAUGCAGUGAUUGAGCUCUCACUGGGACUAGUGCCCUGCUUGAAUAUCACAAUUUAAAGAGAAAUGAUUCCAUAGUUAAAGGCCAUUUAAUAUUGCUGCAAGGCGUUGUACAGACGAUAGCCAGUCAGCAUUCGUCACUAAUAGACGAGCAAAAGCACUUGCUAUUUAAAUGUAUAGAUAAUAACCUGGAUGUAUAUCUCACUGAGAAUGACAUGAAAUUCUCUGAUGCCAAUGUACAAACUAGUAUCGAUUUGACAGCAUUAUCGUUGGGACCAGUACCCAAAGUCAAGGACUCUGGCAUAUUUAAUACCAGAGCCUCAUGCCUAUUAGACAAGUAAUUGACAUGUUCUUUUCACAUUCCUCUGAAUGCCGACGUUAAACUAUUUUAAGUGGUUUUAAAUCACCAUCCAAAUGCCAAAGUUCUGUGCAAGAUAUUACCGCUAUUCGUGGGUUUUUCAAUGGCCAAGAUGCCCCAGCAAUGUCUGCAUGCCUCCUUUCCGAUCGGCACUGAACAACUUAAUAGCUAGUUGUUGUUUAAUAAGGGAGUUCAAUGUAGUUGGCACUAUGCCAGAAUGAGCAGAGGUACACUUUGGUUUCAUCUGUUGACAGUAUGGCUUUAUCUAUCACAUGUACCAAUGAAUUGAUGCUGCAUAAUACAGGGAUCACCCAGGGGCUCACUAAUCAUGACUAAGAUGCUGUUUUGGUGGAAGAAGCAAUUAAUUUCAAACCUAAUUUGUACCAAAGUGAUCUACAUCCUUUCUGCUGUAAAUUCUGUACCUAUGCAGGUGUCUAGAAGUUAAAGAUUUGUCAGAAAUCAUUUUUCAAAAUGUACUUUUUACAGCCUUUUAUUGAAUAAUCUUUUCUAAUAUUUUAACACAGUCCUGUGCCUUCACACAUUUAACUGCACAGUACUAACCUUGGAAUGUAAACAUAACCACAAGUGUUAUGUACUUGCAAAAGAAACAGGCGUCAGAUUGUUAUUCUAUGUGCAUCUCUUCUCCUGUUACUGUAUACCGUGUAACUUUCAUUUAUAAUUCAUGGUCAUCACUAAGUAACUGUCCAAGGCUCUCCAAAGUGCCUUCAUUCCCAGUUCUUGCCAUUAGCCAGUCAAAAGCCCAAGAUGUACAGAGGGAAAGAAUUUGACUGCAGUAUCUACUGCACAAACACACAUUUAACUUCCCUUCUUUGCCUAGAAUUAUUGGGACCUUUCACAUGUCUAAAUAUGAAAAUAAGGUCAUGUGCAUACAUACCUGAUUACCUCUUAGCCAGUUGUAAGUGUGCGUGGGCUGCCUGUUGUGGCUGGAGCAUCAGCAAAACUAUCAGCAAGUGUUUUUUGUGACAAGCGAGAGCUCUGGAUUCUAACAUUCUGCUCUAAAGUUCUAUUUGUUUCUUGUCAAAUGCUUUGCUCUGUGUCUGAUGGGUAUUGCACAGCAAGAACUAUCUGUCACCAGGCAAUAACUGUGUUCAGAUUGCAUACAGAUACUACAUACUUCACCUAGACUCCUCACAGCAUAUCUUUUUAAUUGUAUAAUUUACUAGGGGUUUUGAACCACUUGUUGAAUUUUUUCAGAGUAGAUAAAUGACUACAAAACGUAAGGUGUACAAAGAUGCAAGGAAACUUCAUGUUUGUAAAUCCUGUGGAUCAUGAUUGCUUUCAUAUUUUCAUGACUAAGACUUAAUAAUUGGGUUUAAAACAUGGGGAAUAGAUCUGGUGAGUAAGAAAUUACUCAUUGUACAAAAUAGCCCUUUCACCAUGUAACUGCUUUCAAUAAAAAAUAAACUUGCGUUAUUAAAUAG